CCAGACCACCCGGCCUUGAUCUCGAACACAGUUCUUUUCCCGGGAAAGCCCGGUCGGAUCUACAACGCGGACGCUGAUAAUCUUACAUCUUCAGCGACGAGGAGGGAAUCUCCACCCCCCCCUACUGACCCAAUACAAUGCGCAAUCAGAAUUCCAAAGUCGUUCCCGGGUUCUCUCGGCUCGAGGACCAUUCGCCAGACACCGAGUAGGAUCCCUAGGCGAGCCAAGCGCUGACUGUGUUGAAGAUGACUGUAUUCCCGACUCCACUUCCUCACCCGCUCCCUACCGGAGACCAUGACGGAACGGAUGCAUAAAUAGGGGGCUGAUGGGAAGGUAUCAAUCCGAGCCUAGAGGAGAAGGAGUGUAUGAGAAAGCGUUCGGGUCAAGUUCAUAUCGGAACGUCGAACAAAACGAAAUUUCCGCUUCUCGGCCGUGGCUUACUUACCACACCCGCUCACCAUGUCGACAAAGCCCGUUAUCUUCUUCGCCGGCGGGGCCUGGCACUCGCCAGAGCACUUCCGGGACAUUCGCGACGAGCUACACCGGAGGGGCUACGAGACGGACGCCGUGGCGUACCCGUCCGUCGGCGCGGAGCCCCCGACCAAGGGCAUGUACGACGACGCGGCGGCCGUGCGGACCGUGCUGGAGGAGCUCGCGGGCCGCGGCAGGCGCAUCGUGCUCGUCGCGCACUCCUAUGGUGGCUUCGUCGGCGCGGAGGCGGCCAGAGGCCUGGGGUUCGAGCAGCGAGCCCAGGAGGGCAAGGCCGGCGGGAUUGUGGUGUUUGCGUACCUGGCCGCCUUCGUCGGGCAGAAGGGCCAGUCCAUGCUAGGGUUGACGAGCGAUGGAUCCCCCCCGUGGACGAAAGUCGAGGACGGCCGCAUCCACGUGGUGGCGCCCACGGAAGCCUUCUACGGAGACGUGGCCCCCGAAGCGAGGGAGAGGGCGAUCGGGCUUCUGCGGCACCAAACGAUCGUGUCGCUCGAGGAGACGCUGACGUACGAGCCGUGGCGCGACAUGGCGUGCAUGUAUGUCGGCUGCGAGGACGAUGGGGCGGUGCCGUUCUUCAUGCAGGAGCAGAUGCAGCAGCUGCUGGGGCCCACGGCGGUCAAGCUGCGGAUGAAGGCCUCGCACUCGCCGUUUCUUUCGCGAAUCGCCGAGACGGCGGAUUGGAUCGAGACGGCGGCGGGGACGGAGCAGGAGGCCAUCGGGGCGUAGACGCUUCGGCCAAGAGCAGUAGGGGGUUCCGGCUGGUGGAGGUACAUGUGAAGAGCCACCGGAGAGGUUGGAGCGCGUCGUUCUACGCGAGACGUUUACUGUGUGCGGGCUGCUUCUUUCAACAGUGGACAACAAGGAAGGUUCGGAUCAUGACCUCCAUUGGGUUUAGAAGAGGAGAGGAUCCCAUGUCUCCAAAGCCUUUGCCGAGUGCUGGUAAAAGGCCAACAGGCCAUGCUGUGUGGUGCUGAGAGUAUUGAAGCGGUUCACCCGAGGCUGGCCCCAUGUCCCCCGGUGCCUGUUGCUCUUGAUGAUCUGUUAAUCGCCUGGGUGACAUUUGUUCCACCGGAGAACCUGCCGGUAACAAUCACCGGCUUCUUCUCAGCGUUGCAUUCCUUGUUGACCGGCUACUGUGACGGCAUCCCUUCAAUAUGACCUGCCCACACAGCAUUCAAGAUGGCAUUGGGAAUGCAUUGAUUCCACGGGCCGUUCGAAGACACUGACCCGAACGCAGCAAACCAUAGGUCUGACCUCUCUGUCUCAUCAUGCAAGUCUCUGAACAAGACAUGCGAGGCGUUGGGCAGAGCAAUCUUAACCAUCGUGGUGUGUCUUGUGUUGGCCAACGUUUGAAUGCGGCCGUCUCUGGCACGUUCAGUGCUUCCUUGGAAACCUAGGCAAUGAGUAAAGGGUCCGUCUGCGGCACGGCUCGCCGUGGACAUCACUUGGACCAUGUUCUUCUCGGUAUUGCCGGCACCAUGUCGACAACCACUGGUCCAAACUCCAGCGAGAGGUUGAGCUGCCUGCCCGUCGGGACCGAGCCAACUCAAAGCGACCCACGGCGCUGCGUUGCGGCUUGGGCCAGCAGAAAAUCCGUGAUGUUCUCCCGAAGUUGCAC